CUUCCUCAGGGGGCGGAGACAGGACACAACCCUGGUGUUGAUACUUCUGCUCGGUCGUCCUUGAGACAUGUCAGCCGGGGCUUCAGAACAUGCACACGAGACCCACCUCCUAAGUGCGUCCUUUUGAAGACAUGUUGGGACAUUUUGUUCGCGCUGCGCUGCGGCCGGGCCUGGGGGGGCAUCCAGCGCGCCGGCUCAGACCGGUGGGGGUCCACCACAUCCCAGAGAGGUCAGUGGUGACCCAGGAGGACCUGCCCAGGCUGCCCGUGCCGCCGCUCAAGCAGACAUGCGAGCGCUACCUGGCCAUGCUGGAGCCCAUCGUCAGCGAGGAGGAGCUGGAGCACACGCGCCAACUGGUGGCCGACUUCCUCCAGGGAGGAGUGGGGGAGAGGCUGCAGAAGAGCCUGGAGCGCAGGGCCAGGAAGACGGAGAAUUGGCUCUCAGAGUGGUGGAUGCAGUCUGCCUAUCUGGACUGCCGCAUGCCGGUGGCCGUGUACACCAGCCCUGGGGUGGUGCUUCCCCGCAUGCAGUACCGCGACCGCCAGGGGCAGAUGAGGUUUGCUGCAAAAUUGAUUACUGGCAUCUUGCAGUUCAAAAAGAUGAUUGACAGCGAUACCUUGCCCCUGGAGUACCUGAGUGGGAAGCCUCUGUGCAUGGACCAGUACUACCAGAUCCUCUCAUCCUGCCGGAUCCCCGGACCAAAGAGAGACACGGUCGCCAACCACAGCAGUGGGAAGUCCUCCCCGCCCACACACAUCACCGUGGUGCACAACUUCCAGUUCUUCGUGCUGGACGUGUACAACAGCGAUGGCUCCCCGCUGACAGAGGACCAGAUCUACAUGCAGCUGGAGAAGAUCUGGAACUCCUCCCUGCAGACCAACAAGGAGCCGAUCGGCAUCCUGACGUCUCAGCACCGCAACACCUGGGGCAAGGCCUACAACAACCUCAUGAAGGACAAGACGAACAAGGAGUCGGUGCGCGCCAUCCAGAAGAGCAUCUUCAGCGUGUGUCUGGAUGCGCCCAUGCCCCGCGUGUCUGACGAGCUGUACCAGAGCCGGGUGGCAGCCCAGAUGCUGCACGGCGGGGGGGCGCGCUGGAACAGCGGCAACCGCUGGUUCGACAAGACACUGCAGUUUAUCGUGGGGGAGGACGGAACAUGUGGCCUGGUCUACGAGCACUCCCCCGCUGAAGGCCCGCCCAUCGUCUUCCUCAUCGACUACGUUGUUCAGUACAUGCAGCAGCCGGACACGCUGCGUUCCCCCAUGGUGCCCCUCUCCAUGCCCCUCAAGCUGCGCUUCAACAUCACCCCCGAGGUCAAGAGGGACAUCGAGAACGCCAAGCAGAACAUGAACAUGAUGGUCCAUGACCUGGAUGUGAAGGUUCUCGUGUUUUCACAUUUUGGACAAAACGUACCAAAACAACACAAGCUGAGUCCUGAUGCGUUUGUACAGCUGGCGCUUCAACUAGCCUACUUUAGAAUGUAUAACAUGUGCGGCUCCACCUAUGAGAGUGCUUCCUUACGAAUGUUUAAAUACGGGAGAACGGAUGCCAUCAGGUCGACGACGAUGGAUUUGUCCAAGUUUGUGAUGGCCAUGGAUGAUCCAGACAAACAGAACCCAGAGAAGAUCGCCUUGAUGCACCAAGCAGUUCAGACCCACCGGCAGACGACCAAAGAAGCAAUCUACGGUCUAGCCAUUGACCGCCACCUUCUUGGGCUGAGGCUGCAGGCUAUCGAGGACCUCACCUCCAUGCCAGAGAUUUUCAUGGACACCUCCUACGCUGUGGCUCAGCAUUGUCAACUGUCCACCAGUCAGGUGGGCUCCAAGACGGACUGCGUGAUGUGCUUCGGCCCCAUGGUGCCCGACGGCUACGGCGUGUGCUACAACCCCAUGGAGGAGCACAUCAACGUGGCCAUCACCGCCUUCAACAGCUGCGAGGAGACCCACGCCGCCAAGUACGGUCGGGCCGUGGAGAAGGCCCUCCUGGACAUGAGGGACCUGCUGGAGGCCCCUGCGACCUAGAGACUUCACAGGGAGGGGGUCACAGGACCCCCGGUGGUGGUGGACCCCGGUGUCCCUACUCUUUACUGUAAGACGGAGUUAACUUCUAGACCUGCUGCCGCUGGUGGGAACGGGGUAUGGGGACUGCAGGGAAGAGUGAAGUGUUUCCCCUGAGGAGGGUGAAACCAGGGCACUUUGUUAUGGAGGGGGUCUACGGUUCUAUUACCCCCCAUUCACACCCGCAAAAAUGCACUGCGUUAAUUAUAGAAAAAGAUGAUGACAAUAGAGCUUAUUUUCUUAUUGAUAUUUAUAUUUAGAUUGAGUGUUAAUAAAACAGAGGUAACAGAUAAAUAUAUAUAUAGAUUACUUAUUGUUGUUUUUCUGUGCAGAAAAUAGAUUGACUAUUUCAGUGCUGAACAGACUGUGCUUCUGAAUGUAACAUGAGAUUGUUUUGCUUCUGACAUUAAGCAAUAAAUGUUGAAGAAAUGUGCGUGGUCAUAAAAAAAUAACCGAUCCGUUCAUUGAAUCUCUCACAAGUACCCUCUUAUGUUGCAAGUCACAAAACUUGAAGUAUUGAGAAAUUUAAAGCUCCAAAAAUACACAAAAAACUAUUGUUUUUCUUCACAGCUGGUAUAAAAGUCACACAAACGUAUAUUCGGCCUUGAAGCUUCCUGUGGUGUGCAGAUAGUCUCCGUUGAACUCCACCUCGGCCAUGUUCCCUGAGGAACGCCAGAGGAAGAGCUGAGGACCCUUAAACACGGUGGUCCUCAGUACGUUAAUGUCCUGGAUCUGAGGACGACAGCAAACAACAGGGAUGGAAAUUAAAACAUGAUCAGGGGUUCAGAGGUCCAUAAACUCCACCACUAAUAACAAUCGCUUUCAUCUGACGAUCCACAUGACCGGGCGAGGCCCUCUAACUUCAGGAGACUCCCGUUUAGGAGACCCAGCAGGAGGUACCGUGAUGUAGGUGGUCUGGGUGUCGCUGGCGAGGAGCUGAGGGCUGAUGUUAAGGGCCUGGAUCUGGAUCUUCGCCGAGGGUGGUCCGUUGAUGAGCACCCGGCAGGUGUGGUUAGUGCUGGACGUUGUGGGGUUCUGGAAGACCCCGCUGGAGGAGAACAGCUGGACGUCACAGUCUGUGGGAGAGACCCAGCGGAUAUGUAUAUUAUAUAUGUAUUAAUAUAAAUGGGGCAGCAUCUCUUAUGGUCACACUUUGCAUUGAAACGUGUGUGUGUGUGUGUGUGUGCAGUGGCGUCACCAGGCUGUUUUAUUCGGGGCUAAAGCCCCGGAUCUAAUUUGAUUAGCCCCGAAUCUUUUUUGUUAAAAAAAGAAAAAAAAAAAUAUAUAUAUAUAAUUUAUUUUUUAUUUUUUAUUUUUUGCUGCAUGCAGAGCCUGUGCUAUAUCCACACGUCGCACAUGCCCCCAUUUGUUAGGACUCUUGCGUAGCUUACUGCUAGGAAUUUCUGUUCUGCUGCUCAAGAUUUUAAGCCAUGUAUUUAUGAACUUGCAUUGAAGAAAAUAUAUCAGUUUUUUGUGGUCUGUAAAUAGGCCAAUCUAUGAGGCUAUAUAGCAUGCCAAUAUUGAUGACUGAUUGUGUCAAGUGUCUAAGGAUGAAUGCUAACAUGAUUUGUUUCCAACUUUUGCCUUAAGUUACAAUUUAGCUAACUAACUAGCUGCUGCCCUUUUCAAUUCCAAUGCUGGCUGUCAUUUCAUUACCAAUGUUAAGUGUCAUAAAUAGUUAACACGGGUGCUGAUUCAUGAUUCUCUGAAAAAGAAACACCCAAAACAUGUGAUAUGUUUUCAAUUUGCAGAAAGUUUUGAAAAAUCCAGGAUGCCUGAGAGCCUUACUGCAUUAUAUUCCAUAAUAGUUAUUUCUUUAGGAACACUGAAUGUUGUCUUUUCCUUCACAGAAAAAAAAAUAUUUCCACUAUAAAAUGAUGCAGAAAAGGCACAGAUAGAUGAAUAAAAAUCCACCAGAAUGCAGGAAAUUAAGUGUUUGACGCUCAAACAUUUCUGGGGGAGCACCCCCAUACCCCCCACCUAUAAUUUGUCCCCCAAAAUGUUGAAAUGAAACCUAGCCUAUAUGACCCUGUACGCAGGUUGUAUACAAUAUAACCAUAGAUAUGUUGUUUUUACAUUUUGGAUUAAAAAGAAAGCAUGUCAGCAAACUCCAUGUCGGCCCUUAGUAUGAUUAUCAUUUCAUCAUAGAGUGGCCCUUUGUGAAAAUGAGUUUGACACACCUGAUAUAGGUAAUGUAAGGUCUGUCUCACUUGUAUUAAUUUUACUCUGAAAUAACUUGAAUGGAACUUUAGAUGUCUGGGGAUAAGCAGCAGUCAGGUAGCUAUUCAAAGCUAUAAUUACCUGCCUAUUUUGUUUAUUUAGGUAAAGCAUUAUGAAAAAAAAUGCAUGCGCAAUAAAGUAUACAACAAAAUUUG